UGUUGAAAGACAGUGAAAGGUACACUUGUAUGCAUAUGAGAAUUCUCACACUUUCAUUCCGCCUCGCAAAAACUGGUUGUUUAGUAUCAUAGAGAUGAGAUCGUGGUAGUAAGGUCGGAAUGGAAAUUCUCAUAAAUUAUUUCGUGCCGUGAAAUCGUUGUUUCGUAGAUUUUCAUUGAACAAGUGAUACAAUUUCUCUAUUCUUAUUCGUGUGGCGUUACUUUCAUAAUAUUAGUACUAUUCCUACACGAAAGUUAUUCAUACCAAAAGUUAUUCAUACGGUGCUUUAUUAAAAAACACGUUCCUUCUUUUUUUCUUUUUUUAGAUGAUAUAAUAAAAUAUAUAGAGAAAAGAUCUUUUCCUUUUAAACUUAUAAGCUCGUCUAAUGUUAGUCACAUACCGUGUAUUGUUUGCUAAAGAAAGGGAACGAGGAAACAUUGGUAUCUUCAUAAGAUCUUUGCCUGUAUUACGAUGAAUCUUUCCUGCUUAAUAUUCUAUUCACAAGCUCGCGUGUUUUGUUCGAAUUUAAGUGUUCCUAAGAAGCAAGAAAAAAUUCCGCGUUUAGAAUGCGCACAUUCGAAAGACGUGCCCGUCUUUACAUUCAAUUCAUUAGGAGGGAAGAUGGUGGGGAUAAGCGGGGACGUCGGCUAUUGCCGAUAGACGGCGUAUGGCGGAGCAGUUCAUUUCUGUAAUGGCCGCUGUCUGGCGUUGUCGGUGAAUCGGUCUCUUUUGUAGUCUCGCAAACGAAAUAUCGCAUAGCAUCAUUGUUUAGGAAAAUUCAGUGCGCGGCAAUCCACGUGACGAGAGGUGCGGUGUUCGCUGGUGCAUAGUGUGUACAGUGAUGUAUAUGUUGUGACUCGAGAACAGACGAUCCGUCGAGAAAAUUCAAAUCGGAUGUGCGCUGGUGUCCCACUGUUUACUCGGCUCACUGACCGUUCACGGUUCUAGAUUGAGAAAAUAUCGUACUAGUAAUAAGAAGAUCGUGAUCGCACGAUAUGCAAUCGAGUAUCGUGGGCUUGCGUCGCGUCAUUUCGAAGUCGCCAGGUUCCAUUGAGCGAUGGUUCAUCCUCGGACAGUAAACAAAAGUGACAGCGUGCAGAUGCCGUUCGGUCAUGCCUCCCGUCUCGUCUGUAUUCGUCGAUAGUAUUUGACGUGCUGUUCUUCGCGAGCCCGAAUUCUCUCACGUAGUUCAAGGUCUUCUAAAAUCAACCUAACACCACGCUGCCAACAGGCCCAGGCAAUUUCACGCCACUUUCGAGAUCGAACGUGUGCCGAGCGUGUUCGUCACUGACAGUAACACUGACCGCGCUUUUCUCAGUUAUCGCUCGCGUUGUUGUGUCUUUUUCAAGGACCUGUCCCAUAAUUUCCGACUCGAAAAAAUUAACAUCUUCGUAAGACUCGAAGCAAGAGAAACAGUGGACGCAUCGUUUUCACUCCCGCAGAUUUCUUCCAGAAUAGCCAAAAUCUCCUCCCCAUGUUUCGAGGACGCUCGAAGAGGAGAGAGAUGUGCCAAGUUUCGCCGCUGCGGAUAUUCCAUGUGCUUCUCGAGUUCAUCGACGUUGACUGGUUGCCGCACUGCGUCCCCUGCUAGGAUCAUGUCCUAGUCCACUGUGAUUCCUCGAUACGCGUGAUCCCACUGCCAAAAGAGAGAGAGAGAGAGAGAGAGAGAGAGAGACGAGCGUAGCAUACCGAAGUUUCAAUCUGAUCCUGACAUGUCGGGCUACCGCUUCAAGGACGUAGCUCGUUGUCGCCUCGAGAGUCUUCCCGAUCGAGAAUCGACGACCUCGUUCGUUUGAACGGCGAAUCAAGAGACGUUGUCACGUCCAUCGACAAGACUGAUAAUCUGUGUAAUGCAGCGCGCAAAGGCGACGACCUUCCGUCCCGAUUCAAGCUGCUCAAUCUUUUCACAAUAACGGCGAAAAUGUUCGGCAAGGUGCCACCGUCCAACACACCUGGACCGCCUUCGAACGAUGGAACGUUGGUCAAGUCGUGCGCCAGACCCAGUGGAACCGCGUGUUUGCCGUGUUUCUCGGUCGACGAGACGCCAGCCACGCUCACCGAGGAAAAGUCGAAACCUUGGAGGCCGAAAGACCACUGUAUGCCCGUAGUCUCCGAGGCACCCUCCACGGGAAUAGAGGACAAGCAGAAGCUCUGGAGAUCGAAGGAGAACUGUAACUCCUCCGUCGUCUUCGAUCCACCUUGUAUCACCGAUGACAACUCGAAACCGAAGAGAGCGAAGGAAGGAUCGUGCCCUGUGAACGAGUAUCCGACUGUCACGGACGACAAGACGAAAUCGUGGAGAUCUAAGGAGAAUUGCAACGUUAGCGUGGUACCCGAUGUAGCUACCUUGAUCGAGGACAAGUCGAAAGUAAGGAGAUGCAAGGAAACGUGCACGUCCUCCGAGUGUCUCGACGAUAAAAAGCUUCGAAGGUCGACGAAGGAGUCCGGCGGUUCGUUGACGGUGGAGCCAGUUUCCAUCGAUGAUAAAUCCAACGUACGGAGAAUCUCGAAGGACUCGAAUAAUACGGGAAGUGUCGAUCUAUAUGGUAGUUCGCAAACUCCUAGCUCUACGUCUAAUUUUUCCCAAACGUCGAUCUCGUUCGUCGAGGUGAACAGACCUAGCAGGACCGAGUCGACUGGCUGCUCGGUCGCGAAGAACUCCUGCUCCAAAUACUCGGCCAAGGAGAUUUCUGGCCACGGAAGAAGUCACACGGUGGCGAAGGCGACGAGCUACGGGAAAUCUUCGAGUUGCGCGUCGACCAGUGCCACGAAAUCGCAGAGGGUGUUUGGUUCCACCAGUCUGAGCAGUUUGAACGUCGACUCCGGCUCGAGAGACUCGUCGAAGUUGGCGAAAAAGCACGUCGGUCCGAACCGCGAUUUUCUCGCUGGUAAAGAGCAACAUUUACCCGCAGGAAAGUCUAUUUCCAGAGAGACGCAGAGGAGUGUCGCGCAGGCUGCACCAUUGGCGGCAAGCAAACAAUCUACCGCGAAGCCUUCGGACGCAGGACAUACGGUGUCGAACGGCAAGAGUCGACCCGUCUCGGAGUCUAACAGCGAGCUAGGUGACUCACCGAUGGACUUCACCGCGAUUUCUGUGAUUCAGUCGACCGAUGAAUCUUGCCAGAAGUCGUCCGCGAAAUCGUACGCUGCCAACAACGAUAUGAUGGAGUUGGUGGUUUCGGCAACCUCGUCGUCGGGCACUUACGAGCAACGAAAUUGCAGGGGGGACUUUACCACGUCCACACCGUCGAAGGACUGGAUGAAGUCCAACGGCGACGCGUUGCAAAGUUGCAUUUCCUGUUUGCCGCAAGAUCUUCCAACGGAGCUGCAGUCUUCGCCCCGAAGUUACAGGGAACGAGAAAAGUGCCGUGAUCCAUGGCGACCCACCGAAAUGGAAAGCAAUAUUUGCAACCUGAAUGUGUGUCCUAGUGAUACGUAUCAGGAUACCGGCUCGAAAAGGAGGACAGGUGCUUCCUGCCAGGCGUUGAGGCAUGCGGUUGCCUCGUUGAACCGAUUGGAUGACUUUUAUAUGGAGAAGAUCGGUGCCGGAUUCUUUUCGGAAGUGUUCAAGGUUACCCACAAAGUGACGAGUCAGGUGAUGGUCCUGAAGAUGAACCAGCUGCCUGCGAAUAGGCCAAACAUGCUGAAAGAAGUUCAACUGAUGAACAAACUCAGCCAUCCGAACAUACUCAGGUUCAUGGGAGUCUGUGUACACGAGGGUCAACUGCACGCCCUCACAGAGUACAUAAACGGCGGUAGCUUGGAACAGUUGAUCAUGUCGAGGCACACGCCUCUACCCCAUCCGAUCAGGAUGAAUCUGGCGAGAGACGUGGCACGGGGCAUGACCUACCUGCACAGUCGCGGGGUCUUUCAUCGGGAUCUCACGUCGAAAAACGUGCUGAUCAAGAAGGACGAAAGUACGUCGGAAAUGACCGCCGUGGUGGGUGAUUUUGGGCUGGCAGCGAAGAUCCCGGAUCCCAGUUCCGGAUACAGGCUGAGCACCGUAGGCAGUCCCUAUUGGAUGUCACCGGAAUGUCUCAAGGGUCAAUGGUACGAUCACAGGUCGGACGUUUUCUCGUUCGGUAUAGUGGUCUGCGAGCUGAUCGGCCGCGUGCCGGCCGAUCCGGACGUUCUACCACGGUCAGAUAACUUUGGCCUCGAUUACCUGGCCGUGGCAGAGAUCUGCGCGGCAGCUGAUCCGCCGCCAGCCUUUCUGCAGCUUGCCUUCAAUUGUUGCACCUACGAGCCAAAAUCGAGACCGACCUUCCACGAGAUUACCUGCAGCCUGGACACUAUGAUCAGCAACUACGAGGAGGAAUCGAAGAACAAUAUCGGUAAACGUCAGUCCGUGGAUCCUGCUCUCAUGUCCAGCAUGGACGAGAUCACUCGAGAAGGACGACCGACGAAGCGCAAGACCGCUCGUCUGCGGAGUCAAUCGGCGGACGCGAGAGGCUGCGACAACGCAACGCCCUCCGACAAGGCUAGGUGUCAUUCCGUGAGAAGGGUAGCGGAACUGGCUAGCAGGAGGGACCCGCAUUACAGGCCUAUGACGGCGAAUCCGUUCCACGCGUUGGGUGGCGUGAAGAAAAUCCUUGGCAAUUUGUUCUCCAGCUGCUUGGAGCUUCCGUCUCUGGAGGAUGUCAGGCCAAGCGUCACAGAUGCUAUCGCCAAGUUCAAGCCCGCGCAGAACGACAGCAUCGCGAAGAUCUUGGACAGAAAGAAACCAAACUCGGAACCGAGCAGUCCGACCGCCAGGAAGAAAUGGGAGAGAAAGGUGGCUACAAAGGCGGGCGCUGCCAGCUUGUUCACUCAUCCGCUUUUCCGAGACGGAUGGGAGCCAAGAAGGCGAGGUAGCUGCGAGUCGGGUUUUUGGAGCUGCGUCGGCGAAGAUCUCAGCCCGGAGCCACCCAAUCGUCGACACACCUCCACCUUGAGCAGCUCCGCGGCAAGCAGCUUGUUUUUAUUGGACGACCAUCGAACCAGCUCGAUCUACACCGACUCGUCCGAAGAUAUAGCGAGCUUAGGAGGUGGCGACUCCUGUUGGGAGGAUAGAUUAAGCGGUAUCGGGUCUUCCAGUAAAACUAUUUCCAAGAUCGUCGAGUACUUCGAGAGGAAGCAAGCGGGUAGCUUGCGACUUGCCGAUCACGAUGCCAGUUCUAGUAGGUUAACGUUCUUGAAAGCAAACUUAGAGGGUCCCGUUCCAUUAUGCAGUAUCUCAGCCGCGCAGAGGUUAGUCGUUUGCGAGGGUGCGGUGCGCAGCAAAUUGCCCUUGUUUGACAAAAAGUGAUACACAUCACUCGCACGUCGUACUGUUCGUUCCUUAGGGUUUCUUGGUUUUUUUACCGAUGUUUCUGGACCGCGUGAAAGCGCCUACACAGAGAAACGCUUCGACCCGAUUUGUUCCACGUGGAACAGCGAUGGCUAUGUCGAUGCGAGAAAAAUAUUGGAAAAGAGUAGCGAUCGGAGGAAAGUAGGGUCGAACGACCUAGUCGCGCGCGAAAGAAGAGCUAGAAAGAUCGAAGAACGAUUAUAUCUUUAUUGGACUUUUGCGAUCGAAGUGGUUAAGGUUGGAACAGGGUCAGUAUUAACCAGAUUCGAAUAUCUGGUUCGAGUUCAAUGAAAAUAUAGUCAAGUGGGAGUUCCGCGGACACUUCUCUAAAAUCUAGUAACCCGACUGUGAUGUUUUUUGAUAAUCUACAUACAUUAUUGACCCGUACUGCUAUGUUUGAAGCUGUCGGCGCGAGUUUCCUCUUCCGCGUGCGACGAUCGUUACAUAUUUCUCACCGCGUUAGUGCACUUUAAAAAAAAAAAAAAAAAAAAAAGAAAAACUUUAUACUCGAUACAAUAGCUGGUAAAUUUUAAAAGAAGGUUCUUUCACUUUACACAUGCCACAGGAUAUGUCAAUAGUAUUUUGCAUGAAAAUGAAACGUUUCUUGCGUUUGUAGUUCGGAAUACUUAGGAAUUUUCAAACACCAUCAGCCUAUUUUCCUCGGACAUGCAAUUUAGUAGAAGCAGACGAAGAAGUUAACGGUUCAGAGGAUUGAAAGAAGCAAUACACGUUUCAUUUUGAGACUGCGGCAAUCCAAUGCCAGUAGAAACGCUGCUCAUGUUCUUACCUUUUGCAGUGCCUCGCAGUUCCUAGUUAGCCACCUCCGUCCUUAUCCACGACAACCGAUUUUUUAUCAAUUAUUAACGACGAUCAUACAAAAUCGAAAUGUGAAUGAACCGAUCGUAUUCAUUUCUAUGUUGAAAACGGGUUUUUAACGCAUUACUAAUCCCAACCAAUCGUCUCCUGUUACUUGAUUCGUGUUUGCACACGUUUCUUUUCGCGCCGAUAUCGAUGUGGACAUCGUUUAGCAGCGUUACACUCUUACAUUAAAUACCAGGAUGUCGGGAUAAGCAGCGAGAACUACGGCAAUGUACGAUAGAAGGCGGUAUAUUUUCCUAUAUGAAUUGCAACAUUGAAAACAAAAUAAACGAAACUACUUUAAUUUUAAGAGCUUUUAACAUCAGGUUUUUACGUGUAAAGUAAAGUGUAUAUUGUUGGUAUAAUUUAUAUUUUUCUUUUUUUGUAAUCAUCAUUCGUACCUGUGCCGUUAUUUUUUGCCGUAUUGCCGUCUUCUUUUUUGUACAGUAUCGUGUUAGUUGGUGAGGUAAAAGAAUUCGUCAGGGCCUACGCUGUGCUUAUACGAGUUUUUAAUUACAUUUUUCAUCGAGUAAAGAAUACUUCCCCGACGCGCGACGCCACGACGUGGUGUUUGAUCGUUGCGCGUCGUAGAUUAGUACUCAGGAUGCGAAACGAGACACAUAGUAUAUUUUGUUGACAGAGAUACCGUGUCCUGAAUAUUUUUGUUGAUAUAAAAGAAAUGGGACGAUGGUCCACCACACACACUGUGAAAGAGAGGGAGGGAGAGAAAGCAUGCGCGAGAGAGAGAGAGAGAGAGAGAGAGAGAGAGUGAGAGAAAGAGAGCAAAUGAAACUGAUCUAGUCAGUGUAUUAUCGUCGGCGGCCUUAUCUUUUGUAUGUCGUAGCGCUAAUUACUUAAGUGUUCCAAGGAAAGCGAACAAACAGAACACAGGCGGAUACAACACGACCUGUUCGAAGAUACGAUACAUCGGUAGUCGUUGAUAAAACGUAGAGCGUACGUAAAGCGAAACGAACGUAACGAACCAUUGGGAAUAACGUUUCAUUGAAUGUUUGCCGAAGGACACACAUGGAAUUCAGAAUGUGAAUGACGAUCUAUCGAAUGGACGAAUGCAUGUGAAUAUUUAGAAGCGUAAGAAAUCGUACGUGCUCCUUGGCUGCCUCGAAAUCGUGUCUCGUGUUAUACGGUAAAAUACUUGGUUGUAUAAUUAGAAUUUGUUGACUCGGAGCUUAGUGGGACAAGGAGACGAAUUCGAGAUGGCACGCGGAGCAUAUUAGUUUUUAGUUGCGCCCUUUUUACGCAGGUACAGUAUCCUUAUAAGACUUUUGACGAGCACCGAAUUCUUUUCCAUAAUGUCAGACUUUUUUUUUAAACAAUUUCCUUUAUAUCGCGAGUCAAUCGGCUUGGUCGUUUUAAGUUAUCUUCAACCUUAAGGUAUCAUAUCACGAUUACAAGUCUGGUUCGUUCUCUACGAAUUUCUUUUUUAUAUCCUUGAGAGUACUGUAUGUGGGUAACAGAGGAUGAUUUGGGUAGGUACUAUAGCGCGCGUCAGCGUGUAAAUCGUUUCGUCGCCCUGGUUGCGGGACGAGUCGAACCAAAUUUCUACUAGAAUAAUAGGCAACUAUACCUUUUUACUUGUCAGAGUUCGUUCACGGGUUCUACUUGAUAAGACUGCGUGUUUGUUAAAUAUGUAUGUAAGUAGUAAGUUGUCGAUAAUUCGCAGUCCCUUCUUCCUUGCCUAACGGAAUGCACUGUCGACCAGAAGCCAAGAUUUUUUUGUUUCGUCCCAUCGAGUCGAUACGAAAAUAACGUAGAACUUUUUCACGAAGCUUUUAUUUUCGAAUGUAUCGAUGAUCGACGAACGAGUCGUUUUAACUGUAGUCUUCCCAGCUAUCGAAACGAAACUCUCACGUACCUGUUAUUUUUGUAUCGAGUCGAUUAUCAUAGAACGAUGCGUUCUGUUUUGACGCGUCAAUCGGUACCUGAAGAAACAUUGAAGCAAGGACUGCGAAUGGGUUAUUUUUAAUAGUCGCGGACAUAUCAGGAGUGGGCAUAUCCUGAGAGAGUUGGUUGCUGGCGGAAGACGAUCGUCGAGGAGAAGAGAAGAAUUACAUGAAUUUUGAUGAACAUUAGAUGAACAGAAGCGAAAAAAAAGGUAGAGGAUUCUGUCUGCGUGCGUGUGUGAGAGAAAAAGAGAGAAAAACGAUGCUGUGAAAGUGUGACAGAGUACACGAGUACUUGCAAGACCGAGAGGCGCAUUUUUCUUCUUAAAGAGGGUUAUUUAUUUUAAGUAAAAACAGAUAUAUUAUAGAUACA